CUGGCUUGCCACCCUUCCAGAGUUGAAUCCAUUCAACACCUAGAGCCAUGCCCAGACCAACCCGUCCCCUCUCAGACUCUCUUCCGCCACUGAUUUUCGGUACCGCCACCUUCAACUACCAGUAUAAUGUCGAUCCGUACGCUCUGAGUACCACUGCCUUGGUGCAAAGCGCCCUGGUUAACGGUGUUCAUGCCUUUGACACCUCUCCUUACUACGGCCCAGCCGAGGAAAUCCUUGGCGCCGCAUUAGACUCCGAUUUCAUACGAACUCACUUUCCUCGUCAGACAUAUCACAUCCUGACUAAGGUUGGCCGAGUCGCCGCCGAUGAAUUCGACUAUUCCCCAGAAUGGAUCCGAAAGAGUGUCCAGCGAAGUUGCAAACGCCUGCGAACAACUUAUCUCGAUGUUGUUUAUUGCCAUGAUUGCGAGUUCGUUUCCCCCCAAGAAGUUUUGACUGCCGUCACGGAGCUGCGUCGCAUCCGGGACCAAGACGGCACCUUGCAAUAUGUCGGCAUUUCAGGCUAUCCAGUCGAUGUCCUGUGCCAGCUGGCUGAAAUGAUUCUGCGUGAGACUGGAGAGCCCAUUGAUAUUGUGCAAUCCUAUGCCAAUUACACCCUUCAAAAUACACGCCUUAUGUCUCAUGGCCUCCAGCCCCUGCUCAACUCUGGCGUCGAUGUUGUUACCAAUGCUAGCCCUCUUGGAAUGGGCAUCCUCAGACGCAAUGGCCCUUCGGUCGGUGCCAUGGGCAAUUGGCACCCUGCUCCCGACGAUCUCCGACAAGCCUGCAUCGAUGCUGGUGCGUGGGCAAAUGCCCGUGGCGAAAAGCUUGAAGUGGUCGCUGUACGAUUUGCCCUCGAAAGCUGGCUUCGUGAUGGCGCUAGUGUAGGCACAUAUGCGAGCCCUUACAACACUUCUGACCACACUUCUACUUUAACCACAUACAAAUCUCGCGAGAGAAUUGGCGUUAGCGUCAUCGGCGUCAGUAAGAUCGAAGAGCUCGACGAGACCAUUCGCAUCUGGAGAAGUGUGCUUGACGGCCUGGCCGAUGAUUUGGACGCCGAACUAGGAACAAUAACUCCCUCGGAGUCAGUUAGUGACCACGACUGGUCCUUGUUGAGACGGCAAACCAUCCGUGUCCUAGCUCGAGGCAUCCGCGAUGUCAUUGGCCCUCGAUGGGUCGAUCAUGCUUGGGAUUCUCCAGAGCCUGGCUUCGUGAACAAGAGAACCAUCCAACAUCUCGACAAGGCAAAAGUCGAAUACUCUGUUGCCGUUGAGGCCAUUCCGGAUACCGCCAUGUUGACACCGCCAUCCGAGGCAGACGACAGCGACAGAUUGGAGGAGGUGCCACCCCUUCGUUCCGUGUCAAGCGGCUAGCACUUGGACUGAGACCUUCUUUAUUUCAAGGUGUAUAAAACUGCUGAGCCAAGACAGACCUGUCAAUCCUUGACUUUGGUCAAGCCCAGAAAGUGCUGGAGUAAAGAUAAAUAAUAUCCGAGGCAAUCACUGGGCCUUUCGCCCAUGAGACCCCGGCAGCAACUGGUGCUCUCAUUCAUCCUCUGACAACCCUCACAAACCAGCCGUGAGACUUUGAGAUCAAAGGAUGUAUGCACGCAGGGCCUGACCAGCCGACAUU